AUGGCUCCUGCACCAGCUGCAUCCGCCGCCGCCAAGGCCUCUGCGGCUUCGGCCAAGAAGGCGCGCACCACCAGCACCCCAAACCCGAGCGAGCUGAUGGUGGACGCGAGCGUCGACGACCUCGAAGACGAGGUGAGGGAGGGGCCGGCAGCCAACUGGGAGGUCGCGUACGUCUGGGCGUUCGUCGAGCACUACACCAACCACGUCGACUGGCGCGAGACCAACCCGAGCCUGCCCAACGUCAUGACGUUCGAGCAGGCCCUCCUCGACUGCUCGCCGCCGUCGACCUCGUCUACCCGCACGUCGAGCCGCACCAAGCCCAAGCCCUUGUCGGCCGUCGCGCAGCGCGCCGCCCUCGCCAACGGCGGGCGCAAGAACGGCCGGGACGCGUCGCCCGCCGACUCGCUCUCGUCGCUCGAGGACGACGAGGUCGACCCGGACGAGGCCGCCGCCGUCCAGGCCGCCGUCGCCGAGCCGAUCGACCCGGUCCCGCCCGUCCUCGCCGAGGACGCGCCCGUGCCCGAGGCGUCGCCGAUCAUCCGCUCCCUGUGCGAGCUCUUCCAGGACAACCUCAAGCCGAUCAAGGAGCUCACCGACUACCACGGCAAGAAGACGUGGUUCCACUUCAUCAUCAACUUUGUCUCGAACCGGUUCAACUCGGACCCGUACUACCGCGGCGGCUUCCGCUGGGAGACGAACCUGCUGCGCACCAAGGGUCGCAAGCCGGGGCAAGAGACCGAGCAGAAGUUCUGGAUGCUGCGCUGGGAGGACAAGAUCCACCUCAUGCGUAUCAUGGUCGACUACCAGCUCGUCAACGCGCCUGCAGUCCGCGAGAUCAUCAAGGAGAACUACGACAUCGGCAACCAGCGCAUCGCCAAGCGCGACCCCGAGUCGAACGGCCUCGUCGUCCUCCCCGCCGGGCGCACCUCGACCGGCCUCACGCUGUACCACCUCGAUGCCUCGCCGCGCCUGUACGCGUCGUGCGACCCGUUCGAGGCCGACAGCGCGUGGCUCUGCCUCUCGUCGACCCUCAAGGGCUACAAGGCGUUCGUCAAGACGCUCGCGGCGCCGACCAAGGCCGACAAGAAGGCCCAAGCGCUGCGGGGCCCGUUCGCCAAGGCGGCGGCGCAGGCGGCGGCUGCUGCGGCGGCGGCGCAGGCGGGCGACUCGGCCAAGAAGGGCAAGGGCGUCGAGGAGCAGGAGGACCCCAAGGGCGAGGAGAGGGUCACGCGCGCGAGGCUCGAGGCCGACCUGGUCGACAUGAUGGAGUACGAGGCGGCUAUGGACGCCAUUGAGCAGCGCAAGUCGCGCGCCGCCGAGCGCCUCGCCACGCGCGACGCCCGCGUCGCCCGCACGCUGCAGCGCCUGUCGUACCAGGGUACGUCGACGCGCUCGAGCCGGCUCCGUGCGAGGGGCGACACGAGCCGGGUCCACUACGACGACCCGGGCGAGUUUGACGGCGAGACGGCGGCGAGCGAGAACGGCGGCGGCGACGACGACGACGAGCAGCAGGGGCGGCGCAAGCGGCGGCGCACGGGCCCGAGCGGCGCCGAGGUUGACGGGAGCGAGGCGGGCGACGAUGCGGCGAGCGUCGGCGGGAGCAGCAGGCGCUCGAGCGUGCGGCCGUCGGUGCCGGGCGAGCGGCGCUCGAACCGGGUCCGGCUCCGCGACCAGCAGGACGACGACGGCUCGAGCGUCAAGGCCGACGACGCCGACGUGAGCAUGGUCGACAACGCGCCGGCACCGGCCGCUGUCGGCCACGGCGUCAAGGGCGAGGAGGGAGGGGAGGGCGAGGGUGAGGGCGCGGCGCCGUCGACGGUCCCUGCGACGCCGGCCGAGGGCGACGCGCCUGUCGAGCCCAAGCUCGAACGAGCCAACGGCGAUGGCGGUGCGGCGAACGGGCACGGCGGCGACGACAAGCCCAAGCCGAUGGAGGUCGACGGCGCGGCGGCGGCGGCGGUCGAGGCUUGAGCAGCUCGAGGAGGACGACGGUCGCAGGUCUCGACGGCAGCUUUGUUGUGCGGCGCAGCGGGUUCUCUGCAACUCGAGCGUGUCUUUGCUUGUG